AUAUUAACAUUUAUAAUGUCAGCAACAUCAAUAGCAAUUAAACAGAAGGACUUACCUGUGAAGGACCAGAAGAAGCUGAUUAUUAUAUUGGAGCAUGCUACGUUGGAGACUGUUAAGGUCAAGGACAACUAUCAAUUGCUAAACUGUGAUGACCAUGCUGACUUUUUAAAGAAGUUCAAGAGAGAGGCAUCAGAGGCACGUCCAGAUAUCCUUCAUCAAUGUCUAUUGGCAUUGUUUGACAGUCCCCUCAACAAGGCUGGUCUGCUCCAAUGUUACAUUAGAACGACAAAGAACGUAUUGAUCGAAGUACAUCCACAGACAAGAAUACCAAGAACAUUCCACAGGUUUGCUGGUUUGAUGGUGCAACUACUGAAUAAACUGAGUAUUAGAGCAACAAAUGGACCUGACAAGUUGUUCAAGGUCAUCAAGAACCCAGUCACAGACUUCCUCCCACCAGGAUGCAAGGUGUUCCUGGCAUCAUUCUCUGCUACAAAGUGUGUAGAUCUGUUUGAUUGGGUACCUGAGCAGUUUGGUUACGCCCCACUGCCAGUCAUCCCAGUCAGUGCAGAGCCUGAGAACCAGGAGGAUAAUGAUAACGAGGUGCGCAGUGCAGGUGACAGCUACAUAGAGGGCAUCGAUAAUGUAAAGGGCAGCAGCGAGCAAGACGAUCAAUCAUCAAAGAAGAGAAAGGCAACAACAUCCACCACAUCAACUACAUCAACAACAGGCAAGGGCAAGAAACUAAAGAUAGACAACAAGUUGAAUGGUCUUCAGCAAUGCGCCAUUGUCAUUGGGGCCAUGUCCACCGGCUCGGUCAAGAUCGACUACAACCACGAGGAGAUUGCAUUCUCCAACUACCCACUCAGUGCCGCUGGUGCGUGCUUCAAGUUGACAACAGUGUUCGAGAAGCAAUGGGGAAUACUAUAA